CAGCCCGGGCACCUCCUCUGCGGCAGCCGCGCCUCGCCAGCCGGAGCAGUGCCGCAUCGCCCAAGUAGCCGCUCAUUGCCGCCGCUGCCGGCUGCCGUGUGCCGGCGGUGGGCAGCGUUCCUGCCGCCACCGACCUUGCACAGCUGCAGGCGCCUCAGCGCGCCCAGUGCUCUGCAACCCUGCGGCGGGCGGCAUGGGAUAACGCGGCCAUGGUGCGCCGAGAUCGCCUCCGCAGGAUGAGGGAGUGGUGGGUCCAGGUGGGGCUACUGGCCGUGCCCCUGCUGGCCGCGUACCUGCACAUCCCACCCCCUCAGCUCUCUCCUGCGCUGCACUCAUGGAAGACUUCUGGCAAGUUUUUCACCUACAAGGGACUGCGCAUCUUCUACCAGGACUCUGUGGGUGUGGUUGGCAGUCCUGAGAUAGUUGUGCUUUUACAUGGCUUUCCAACUUCCAGCUAUGACUGGUACAAGAUUUGGGAAGGUCUGACCCUGAGGUUUCAUCGAGUGAUUGCCCUUGACUUCUUAGGCUUUGGCUUCAGUGACAAACCGAGACCACACCACUAUUCCAUAUUUGAGCAGGCCAGCAUCGUGGAGGCGCUUUUGCGCCAUCUAGGACUCCAGAACCGUAGGAUCAACCUGUUGUCUCAUGACUAUGGAGACAUUGUUGCUCAGGAGCUGCUGUAUAGGUACAAGCAAAAUCGAUCUGGCCGGCUUACUAUAAAGAGUCUCUGUCUUUCAAAUGGAGGUAUCUUUCCUGAGACUCACCGGCCUCUCCUUCUCCAAAAGCUACUUAAAGAUGGAGGUGUGCUGUCACCCAUCCUCACGAGGUUGAUGAACUUCUUUGUAUUUUCUCGAGGUCUUACUCCCGUCUUUGGACCAUACACUCGACCCUCCGAGAGUGAGCUGUGGGAUAUGUGGGCAGGGAUCCGAAACAAUGACGGGAACUUGGUGAUUGACAGUCUCUUACAGUACAUUAAUCAGAGGAAGAAGUUUAGAAGACGCUGGGUGGGAGCUCUUGCCUCUGUAACUAUUCCCAUUCAUUUUAUCUAUGGGCCAUUGGAUCCUAUAAAUCCCUAUCCAGAGUUUUUGGAACUGUACAGGAAAACGCUGCCGCGGUCCACAGUGUCGAUUCUGGAUGACCACAUUAGCCACUACCCACAGCUAGAGGAUCCCAUGGGCUUCUUGAAUGCAUAUAUGGGCUUCAUCAACUCCUUCUGAGCUGGAAAGAGUAGCUUCCCUGUAUUAUCUCCCCCACUCCCGUAUCUGUUGUGUAUUCCACUUAGGAAGAAAUGCCCAAAAGAGGUCCUGGCAAUCAAACACUGUUUUCUUACAAAAGUCCACUUUACUCACAUUGAUGGAUCAGAGUAUAGAAAAAAGGCAGCAGAAACUCUGACAAAAUAGCCCACCUCAUUCCUUUGACAUCUGAUGAAGUAUAUAGACUUGUCUUUGUGUUAUUAGGAAAUUCUGAUGAGCAUGACUUCUCAUGGAUGCAUAGAGACAGGCAUUAGACAUUCUUUUGCUUAGAAGACUUUUUAACACUUCUGUGGAACUUUCCUGAAGUAUCUAAAAGUGCUAAUUUCUGGCCCAACCCGAAUURGAAUUCCACAGUAGAGAAUGAGGAGUGGGGCCUGUUAUCUCUCCUUGAACGGCUUGAAGGGUACAUGGUUUUUAAAGUUCUCUAGGCAACAUAGUUUAAGUGAGAGUGAAUAUCCCUUGUCAUACUUUGGAUUAGUUUCAUCAGCUGCUUCAAAUUAUAGACUUUUUGUUAAAAUAUUUGUGUUAGUAAUGCAGUAUUUUAAAGUAUGGUAUAAGAGUGUGAUAUGCCUACACAUUGUAUAUAGUUUAUAAGGACACUAAAAUGGCAGACCUUAACUCUGCCAAAGUAGUGAACCUUAUUAAAUGUGUAAUUUCUGAGUAAACUAAAUCCAAAUUUUUACAGAAUUUCCUAAAAUCACAGACACUAAGAACCAAUUGCAUCUGUGCCAGAGAUUUACUGUUAUUAGCUGGAAAGAUAAAUUCUAACAGCAAAUAAUAGUCUAACUACUCAUACCUCAGUGCUUAGAAGCAUGUCCCUCCUGGGCUGAAGUGUAGGGAGGGGACCCUUGUAUACUCGARUUACCUUGCUGAAGUACACUGACUCCUCUGGUGAUGGUGGCUUAGCUUUCCAUUGGCUCUCCCAGAGAGGGUUUCUCAUGCAGCUCAGCAGUUCCUGUACUUAGCCGACAGGAUAGUUCCCAGACACUUUAAGAACAAAUUCUCAAAGACCUAUAAGCAAAUGGUGCUGAAUAGUUUUUUUUAAGCCACAGUUUCACUGUCUUAGUCAAAGUAGGAUUAUUAAGUGAUUAAUUUUAAAUUCGUUUUUUAAAAAUUAGGAACUUC